CGCGAGCGAUGGGCCACGCAUAGUUGCGCCUGAGGGAUGAAGGCAAAAGCAGAAGCUGGCGCAGGUGACAAGUCGCAUUCAUUCCACCUGAGCAGGUAAGCGCCUGCGACACGCCCAGCUGCGCCCAGCUGUCAAUCGCUGGGAAACGCGCCGCGCAGGACAGUCCCGGCGGGUUUUGGUGUCGGACAAGCGGCUCCUCCUCGGACAACCGCCCCCCCCCCGUGAGUAAGGAUCACCGGCCGCGUGCCCGCUGAUCUUCGGAUGAGGGGAUUCGAACCCUCGAACCGUUUCCACGCGCGCACGCGCUUCUCCCAGAAAUGUCUCUCGCGCUCCAGCGGGCGCCUCGCGCUCCUCUCGCGCCGCCGCCGCCGCCGCGCUUCUUCUUCGUCCUCGUCCUCGUCCUCGUGUCCUGGCUCCGCGCGUCUGCGGGCGCGCUGGAGGUGAUGCAGCGGGACGCGCCGGAGCUGAGCUGCAGCGAGGGUCUGAGCGACUGCCGCGUGAACUCAGCCUCCCCGCUCGCGGCUUACUCGGUCGACGCGCUGGAAGUCACGCGCGUGCGGCUCCACGUGGCCCUGCGCUGCUCGGCCGCGGAGGGAUGCGAACCGUACCUGCGGAUCGGCGUCGCCUUCCAAGACGUGCUUGGUACAAACGAGGCUUCCGAGCAGUCUGGGGACCGUGACCCCGACGAAGAGGACUCGUUUAGGAGCAACCCGACGGCGCACGGAAGCGGUGCCUCGGUGCCCCCCGCGCAGGGAGCCGCGGUGACCGUGUGCGUCAGUUCCCCCGGCGCCCCUGAACGCUGGAAGACAGUCCGGUUUCGGUUUAUAUCGAGCCAUUCCGGUUUAAACCGAGCUUCAUCUGCGCACCAGCUGCUGUUGACGGUGAAAACAACGUUCGGCACUCCAGUGGUGGUCGGCGUCUACCCACUCCCAACUGGAAUGGACAUCGAAAAAGAAAUCACAGUCCCAUCGUUAAAAGACGUUUGCUCCAUGAACCUCCAGGGGACUGAAAAGAAUUGUGACGUUCCCAGGAUCCACGCUGUGAUUGAUCGCGGGAGCAACGUGAUCCUCCUGCGAAUGGAAAACGCCCACGGCGAGUCCCAGUGCCGGCUGGUUUGGAAUGUAACCGGAGAGGUUCUUGUGUGGCCCAAAGGCAAGCGGGAAAUGGUGCUUCCAUCCAACUUCGUGGCACCAUGCCUGUGCCUCCAGGUGUGGUGCGAGGGAAAGGAACUCCGAGGCGAAUUCUGCCCUUUCAAAAACCAGCAAGAUCGGCUGGAAAGAAUGCAGCACAAUGUGUCCCUGUCGCUGUUUGAGUCCCGGCUGAGGGGCGGUGGCCGGGGCCUGAUGUGGAAUGUCACCGCCCCCUGCCGAUUGGAGGCGGAGCUGAGGCUGUGCAGGAAAGAGGUGGCGGGAGACCGGUGUGAGGAGGUGACGGGCUCCGCACGGAAGCUGCACGGCGGCUGGAUCGCCUCGCGCACGGGACACUGGAAAGCAGGAGAGUUCAAUGUGUCGUCACAUCCGCUGCUUUGUGUCCAGAUAAAGCUACAAGGGAUGACGUCAUAUUUAGAGCCCCACUGUCCAUUUACAACGUCCCGAUGGAGAUGGAGCCUCCCAAUCUUCGUCGGACUGAUACUGAUGUGUUUGGCUUUACUUGGAGCCUACCUCAUACAAGGGGUCCUAAAAGGAUACAUGUGGAGAUGGUUGAAAGAAGAUGACGUUAAAGGUGCUGUGGGUGGGGGUCACGUGGUGCUGCUGUACCCGCCCGACGACGACCAGGCUUUGCCGGAGCUGAUGAGUCACCUGGGCUCGUCCCUCCAGGCCCUGGGCUUCAGCGUGUCUCUGGACCUGUGGAGCCGGACCGAGCUCGGCGCCCUGGGCCCGGUCCCCUGGCUCCACUCGAGGCUGAACCGACUGCAGGGUCAGGGGGGCAAAGUGGUGUUGGUGCUGACCCAGGCCGCCUGGAUCCGGGCCGAGGAGUGGGGAGCCCGGAGCUGGGAGAGGAACGCGGAGGACCAGGGUGGCGGGAGGAGCCGCGCCGUCCCUUCUCGCUGCGGGGACGUUUUCACCGCCUCGUUCAGCUGCGUGCUGGGAGACUACCUGCAGGGGCGCGCCGGCGAGCGCUUCAUGCUGGUGCAGUUCAAAUCGCUUCCGCCCGAGCCUCCGGGCGGCUGCCGGCCGCUGCCGGAGCUUUUCCGCGGCCUCCACGUCUACAGCCUCCCCUCGCAGAGCCUGGGCUUCCUGACCGAACUGGCCGGCGCUCGGCCGACGGCCACGGCGUCGGCCAGGCGCAAAAGGGCCGGGGGCCUCCGGAUGGCGUCCCGAGCUCUGGCGCGGCGGCUGUCGGGGUUCACGGCGGGGGCGAAUGUCCUGCGCCUCCCGGGGGUGUCUCUGGGUUUUGCCGGGUUGGAAGACUCGUGGGAAACCGACCCGUUGCAGCCCCGUCUUAUCACGCCGCCCUCCAGCCCCGACGCAAACCACAAGGUCGGUGACAUGAAAAUGUUCUGACGGCACAUGGGGGGGGGGGGGCGGCGGCGGCCGUAAGCCCUAGCUGUAGUUUAGGAAUGAGCUGCUGGUAAGAAUUGUCUACAGCUGAUGAACAUCUGGGCUCCAGGGUCCGGUGCUUAACAAAAAAAGCACCCAAAAAUCAAAAGCGUUGAAGUCAAGACCACGUAAGACAUAAAGACUUUGAUGGUUUAUGACCAAGGCGUGAGUGAGUGAAGACCGAAAGACGGACAGAAAAUAUUAGGCCAGCAAAAUAAUACUCAAAUGAAGAACCGUGUCUCAAAGUAUUUGCUGCGUUGUUUUGUGUCGACGCCGUUUAUCCUUCUUAAACUAAGCCGGGAAGUUCUAAUAUUUGACAUUUUGCAUGCGUAUGUAGCCGGAUACACUGCUUUACUUUGAUUGUAUUUUUGCUGUUCUUCAAAGGCAAAGUAAGUUACAUCCACCAAUACUGUUUUACUUUACUUUAAAGAUGUUUUACAGUCAAUCGCGUUACAGACUGUGUGCUGCAGUAUAUUCAGCAAAGAGUUAAAAUACAUUGCAUAAGUAUGUAGUAGUAGGACGUAGUGGAAAUGGGACACAUGGCUUUCUUGUAGCUGGAGAAUGAUGUCCGAAACACUAAGUUUGAGUGUCAUAUCUAUGUUUACUAUUAUGUCUAGAUUUGGAGUGUAUAUUUUGGUCUAUGAUAACACACCUGUGUUUAAUAGUACAAUUAUUAAUACAGUUACUUUGCACUAUUCAAUUAAUAAUGCUAUAAGUACUGGUAUAAAAGUACAGAUUUAUCAGGGCUGAUGACAAUAUUUGCCUGGGUCUCCCUCAGAAAUGUAGAGUAUUGCUCGUCGAUUCAUAUUUUACAGUCAAUUCUGAUUGGUAGUGUUAAAUGCAAACAAAAAUCUAUUUAAAAAAACAAACUGUUGUGAACCACUUAAAACAACCCCUUGUAUGGGCAAGAUCGGCCUAGCCUAGAUAGAGUUAAAUGAAAUAUUAUAAUACAGUUAGUAUGUAACUGUAAUCUCUGCACUUUACCAUAAUGCAAAGGACUGUAAAGGUGUUUUGUUGUUGGACAUUUUGGGUCCUUUUGUCAUAAACUGGAAAGCUCUGACAUGAAGAUUAAUUUGAAAACAAAAAUAAGCUAUUUUCUUUCUAAUUUAUACAGGAGUAUAAUUUGAAUUGCGUUUACAAGGCAUGUCUGUUUUGUACUGUUUUGUCAUACUGUGUAAAGAGGGAUUUGAAUAAAGGAUCUGUCUGAAUACCA